AUGGCCGAUCUACAGCGUCUAGAGAGAGAAAUUUGCGAAAAAUUCAACAUCAGUGCCCUCACUGAUAAUCAGCGAACUGCAAUAUCCAGUUUAUCAGAAAAACGUGAUAUAUUCAUAGGAACUAAGACAGGAAGUGGCAAAACACUCACUUAUGAGUGUGUACUACUUGUGUUUGGUGAAACGGCGGUAACCGUUAUAGUCGCUCCAUUGGUGAGCAUUAUGAAGGAGCAAGUAGAACGACUUUCCAGCUUGGGAUAUAGGGCAGUAGAUCUAGAAGGGUCAACCGAUGUCGAAAACGUUAUGAACGGGUACUACAACUUCAUUUUUGGUAGCCCUGAAGUACUGGUGGGUGAGACAAAGUGGAGGGAUGUUCUCAAAAACCCCGAGUUUACCAAGAGACACCGUUUGAUUGUUGUAGAUGAAGCUCAUACCAUCAUUCAUUGGGGAGAAGAAAAGAAUAAACAAGAAACUGCAUUCCGUGAAUUGUUUGGUCACAUUGGUGAACUGCGUUCUCUAUGUUUAAAAGUCCCUGUUUUGGCCUUGACUUCAACUGCAUGUCCAAGUCACAAAAGAAAAAUCAUGUCAAAAUUGUGCUAUGGAAAAAACGCUUGUGUAAUAUCAGACACUCCAGAUAGAAAGAACAUUAAAAUGAGUGUUGUGAAAGUGAAACAAAGUGAUGACCUUGAUGUCAUUUUCUCAUGGAUUAUUGAGGGGCUUUCGAAAGAACAAAACAAGUUUCAUAAACAUUUGAUAUUUUGGAACUCAAUUAAAGACUGUUCAUUAAUAUAUAUGAUUUUUGUUAAACAUUUCGGGAAAAGCAAUCUUUUCAUCAUGUUUCAUAGUAAAACAACAGAUUAUGUGAAGGAUAAAAUUAGAAAUGAUAUGAGUAAUCCAAGUGGACAGCUAAGAGUACUAAUUUGUACAAAUGCUGCAGGCAUGGGGGUGAACUACUCCGAGUUAUAUAAUGUGAUUCAUUAUGGACCUCCAAAAGAAAUUGACUCUUUUGUUCAGCAAAUGGGCCGUGCAGGCAGAGACAACACGCAGUCUCAUGACCUCAUUAUCUUUAAAUCUGCACAACUGAAAAGAGUGGAUAAUGACAUGAAAGACCUUGUUGUAUCUGACAGUUGCAGGGGAUUGCUAUUAACCAAGUCAUACAUGUGUGAUUAGAAAACAUUUUGUUGUGAUAUCUGUGGAAAUACUUGCAAAUGUGGAGAGGAACUUUGCCCAUAUGUACACCCAGUUAAAACAAAUGCAAGAGUUGAAAUGGUUGUUGAUGAUUCAGACUGUAGUAGUGAUGUAACAACAACUGAUCAAGAAACUGACUGACUUCAUAUUUUGAUGAAAAA